AUGCUUCAUAGCGAAAAUGGCGUCACAACUAGGUUCUCGCUGACGGUGGGUCUCGCCGCUUGCGGUGUAUCGUCCUUCUUUUUCGGUUCUAUGUUUGUUCCAGUCAGAAAGUACGAUCCUGGAGAUGGAAUGUUCGUUCAAUGGGUGAUGUCGUGUGCAAUUUUGAUCGUUGGCUUCAUCGUCUUUUGCGUUAUGGGUUUCCCUGGCUUCUUUCCAUUGGCAAUGUUGGGUGGAAUGUUUUGGACUAUUGGUAAUGCCACAGCAGUUCCGAUUAUCACCAGGAUUGGAAUGGCCGUGGGAAUGCUUAUAUGGAACACAACAAAUUGCUUAACGGGAUGGGCUGGUGGAAGGUUCGGCCUCUUCGGAAUGAAACCUAAUAUACCUGCCAGCCAAAGUCUGAACUAUGGCGGAUUGGUCUGCGUGAUUGUUGGGUAG